ACACUGAUUCCAUUGCAGACGCAAUUCGACGGGCUGCGCUCAAAAUUGUUAUCGAAUUCGAUAAAUCAAAUUGUCAUCUCAAGUGGUCAAUUCGAAAUGGAAAAUGAGGAGACCGAUCCUUAUGAAUAUGGCAUAAAGUGUUUUCUUUGCCAGAAACUUUACACGGACAUUGAUGAGCUGCAGGAUCAUUUACAAAACCAUUCCAUAGAGAUCACUGAAAAUACAGCUCUGAAAUAUUACAACUGUGAUGUGUGUGGCAGGGGUUUACGCUCCGAGGAGGAAUUGAAGAAGCACAUAAAACGCUUUCAUGGAACACAUCUGAUCAAAAAAGAGAUCGAGGCUGGAAAUCGAUUCAAGUGCGAUAAGUGUAGUGAUAUUUACAUAGGUUCUGAUUACUUGGAAAAGCACAAACAAAUGGCACACAGUGUUAAAGAUGGCACAGCACAGCCUCCGAUACAAAAGGAACUCAAGAUAAUCACACGUAUAAUAUCAGCGAAACCAAAAUAUGCACCGCGUUCACCUUUCUUUAAUCCAAAUCGACUCAGUUGGGAUGCGUGCUUAUAAUCAUUUAACGAGAUUAACUAAUUUAUAUUAACUCAACAAAUAAGUACCUGGAAUUCAGAAUCAACAAAUGAUAGUCACACUGACAUGAGUUUUAAUUUGAUAAGCGUGGAAUUGCUUCAUACGAAAUCAUCAUGGAACAAUACUAUUAUUUGGAACAAUACGUUAUUUGGAUUUGAAUUUAUUUUAUUCUGCGGUAUUAACUGGACCAAUGUGGCUUCGGACUGUUAAGUUAUAUGAAGUUUCCAUAUGCAGGUCUAUGAAACAAGAAAAGAAAAAGAUUUUG